AUACAUCUACCAUGGCGUUGCUACAAAAAACUAAGUAACAUCAGGAACCAUUAAUUCACUCUUAUUUCUUCGUAGGGUUUGUGGUACAAUGGAACGUUUUUCUCAUUUCAAGGCAGAAGGGGCGCGCAUUCUACGACAGCAUGGUGACGAGUAUGACGAGGAGAGCCAAAUGAGGGGACAUGUGCAUAACUCACACCAGAAGCUGGAUGAGGCCUUCCGCACGGGAACACAAGUCCUUCAGUCAUAUGCUGAGCAAAGGGAGAGACUGAAGAGUGCACAACGCAAAGCUUUGGAUAUGCUGAAUACUGUUGGACUGUCAAGCUCAUUGUUGAGGAUGGCUGAGAGGAGGCAGUUCUGGGACAGAUGGCUGGUCUAUGCGGGGAUGGUUGUGACCAUUGUCGUAGUGUUUGGCGUUUGGUAUCUAACGCAUUAAUAAUCAGAUAGGUCGAUCGAUUUGAUUUUGGUUUCAUCUCUGUUCUCUCUGAGUCUGCACCCCGAGGGGCAUUUCCCUAUAAUCUGCGAUCGACCCGCAAGAGGUUGAUCGUCCCCUGCUUGCCGAAGUCUUCGUGGAAUGUCUGAAAAUUCAAAAUCGCGUCAAUAAGUUCCCGCUCUUCGUGGUCGGUUGCUGCUACCGCCUUGAAUCGGUUAUUGUCAUUUUACUAAUCUGCAAGUGGUGGCUUCUCCAGUGCCACUUGUUUCACGCCCUACCUCCCUCCUUGUCCCUCCUCCAAUCCUGCUGUUCUCCCAUCCAUCUGGCCUACCUUCAAGGUUGGGAUUGAUCCCCUUUGUAUCGAGUUGCGGCCCAGCGGAGGCCUAUAAGCGGCGUAUGUUAAACAAAUUAAAGAGCAAUGAAGUGGUGUUUCAAUAAGAAGCAGCAGUGUCGCAGUUCGAAUCCUGUUGCUGCUUCAAAGGUUUCGUUGCUUGUGAAGAUGCAGUCAGACCCAAAUAGCCAUUACUAAAGUGCAGAAGAUGUUGUCUCUUCUGUUGGCUCAACAACACUGGACUCUUCGACAGCCGGCUAUGUACUUUGGGAACAUGUCAUGUCCUGUCCUAGAUAUUUCCUAGACUUUCCAGCCCUGUAUUGAGCCAUGCGAAAGACGAAGACGUCUUCUUCAGCCAUGGCGAUGGAUGCAAGCUGCGAGGUUCGUCCCGCUGGAGCGGACGAGUGAUCCAAGCAGCAAGUGAUGUCUUGGCUCCCAUAACUACCUUCUUCUCGUGAACUCUCUGUUAAAGCCUUAAAGGCGAGUAAAGGCGUAUUCACGCU